AAUUUGGUAUUGAGUUCCCCAAGAAGUAUUAGGCCUGCUAUUAUUUUUAAUUUUAGUAUUAUGCGCACACUUCACAAGUAUUCACACAGCACAGGCUGUAACGUUAUUAUUGUAAAAGGAAGGCGGUGCCUGGAUAUUUCUCAGGCAGUCAGGUGACUGGGGAAUUUAUCGAGCUGAACACUGCUGGAUCGUUGUUUUGUUUUGUCCAUUUCUGCUGUAAACAGCGGAACAGAAACAAGAAACUGCUAUGUCGUUUGCGUUUACAUCGGCUGUCAGAGCUGCUGAAAAGAUUUGUCCCUGAACUAAAUCACAAGGCAAGGACCAUCUAGUCCAUUAGACUGCAAGGCCCUGGGUGAAUGAUGCUGGACACUGGUGCAGAGGCAGUGAGAUUUGCCGUGUAUGGCAAUUUCACAGUCAUCCCAACCCCUGAGAACACCUCAGUGGCUCCCACGUGGCCCUCAGGGUCCGAGACAAACAUCACCAAACCGCACAAAUGCCUUCAGGUUCUUUAUGAAGACAUUGGCAACUCAAGAGUGCGCUUUUGGGAUCUGUUGCUUCUGAUCCCUAAUGUGGCCUUCUUCAUGUUCCUGCUUUGGAAGCUUCCGUCAGCACGCGCCAAGAUCCGCCUCACCUCCAGUCCCAUCUUCAUCACCUUCUACAUUCUGGUGUUCGUAGUAGCAGCAGUUGGCAUUACCCGUGCGAUAGUGUCAAUGACUGUGAGUGCGUCCAGUGCAGCCACCAUCAUUGACAAGGUGCUGUGGGAGAUAACCCGUUUCUUCCUCCUGGCCAUCGAGCUCAGUGUAAUCAUAUUAGGGCUGGCAUUUGGUCAUCUUGAAAGUAAAUCCAGUAUCAAACGUGUAUUAGCCAUCACUGCAGUGUUAGCGUUGGCUUAUUCUAUCACACAGGGAGCUUUGGAGAUUCUUUAUCCAGAUGAACAUCUCUCAGCUGAAGACUUCAACAUUUAUGGCCAUGGAGGGCGUCACUUUUGGUUGGCCAGUUCCUGUUUCUUCUUCCUGAUUUAUUCUCUUAUAGUCAUCCUUCCCAAAACCUCUAUCCGGGAAAGGAUAUACCUACCAUCCAAGAAGAGUUUCUAUGUCUAUGCUGGCAUUUUGGCUGCCCUCAACCUGGUCCAGGGGCUCGGCAGUGCUCUGCUGUGUGCAGACAUCAUUGAAGGCCUUUGCUGUGUUGACGUGACGACAUUCCUCUACUUCUCCGUGUUUGCCCCGCUCAUCUACGUGGCAUUCCUCAAAGGCUUCUUCGGCUCCGAACCCAAGAUCCUCUUCUCCUACAAGUCUCAGAUCGACGAGCCGGACGAGACGGACGUGCACUUGCCCCACACCUCGGCAGGGAUGGGCCGCAAGGACCUGGACCACAGCUCCUUUUCCAGCACCCAGAUCGACGGCUCCGGGGCCUACCUGGACGACGUGGCCUCGGGGCCCUACGGCGCGGGCAGCAUCAACAGCAUCGACAGCGACCGCUGGAGGGCGAUCAACGCCUGAGCAGGAGACGAGGGGGUGAUGGACAUGGAAAGAGGGAGCGAGAAGCGAGAGAGGAGGAGGAGGAGGAGGAGAGUAAAAGAGAGAGAUAGUAGGCAGGAGGGAGGGAACGGAAAGGACUGAGAAGUGCAGCACAGCACAGCACAGGGAGAGGAGAGAUCAGGAGAGGAGCCGAGCGCUCUUCCCUCUCUCUUGGUGGAGAGGCAGAGACAGGGGAGGACAAAGGACACAGGUAUGCGUGUUGUGUGUGUGCGUGUGUGAUGCUCGCUGCUCAAGGGCAAGAAUUCUUUGGCAGCCUGCCCUCCCUCCUGUGUCUCCCUGUAGCACUGAGCGCUGCAGUGAUGCAUACCAAACCAAGAGGCUGAUUGUGAUUGAUGUCCACUACUACCUAAAGUAUUGCAUCCUUUUAUUUUGGCCUGCAGAUGUAUUUAUGCACAUUGUUUUCCUUUCCCCGGGCACAGGCAAGCUGUUGUAUGUUUAUGCAAGCUUUGCAUAAGUCGAAUUUUAAUUUGAUGUUGCGUUCGUAUUACCUGUUGUAUGUUUUGUUUGUUUGUUAGUUAGUUAGUUAGUCCAUGCUGGGCUGUCUUUGAUCUUCAACUGCUGCUGCCUUGUGACUGUAGACUGCUAGGAGUCAUGUAGUGUUAUGUCUCUUUAGUCUGCCUCUCUGGUCUUGCCAAAUCUUGGGCAAUCAGAGGGACCCUCCCCUGAAUGACGUUGCACACUGAAACUGUGACACACACACACACACACACACACACACACGCACGCACACCUAGGUCCAUACCUGUAGCGCCAAUGCUCAUCCCUCUGCAGCUAGUAUGCUAGCAUGGUUACCUGCUUGCUUGAGACUGACAGUCAAGAUCCCAGUGGUAACGCCUACUGCUGAGAAAUAAUCCCCCCAGAAACAGUUACAUCUGUUCACACCAGUAUUGACUUGCCUUUACAGUAACUAUCUACUGAUCUUAAGACACUGCUCCCUGUUCUUAGAACUAAGCCUGAACAUCUGACCAGUACUAUUUAGGGACCUUGCCAAUGCCAACCAAUGCUACUGUUUGAACUGUAAAGUGAAUGGGUUUGUGAGUUCAUGUACUUCCUGUAUUCUUGUUGAGCAGCGUUCACAAUUCAGUAUAAUCUGGGUUGGGUGCUUAAACUCAAACCCUCUUUCACCUUGCAGACCUAAGAGCCUUGUCCUGUCUGUAUGAAAACGACAAAACUCUCGACCCCUCAUUAGAGUAAGAGGAACAGGUGACGUCAAAUUCCAGGGAGGACUCUCCCCGAUGUAAUGGUUGUGUGUGUAAAGGCUUUUAAAUUGGCAACAUUUAUUUAUUUUACUAAGUGAUCUCUUACUUGUAAGCCUAGCAAGAAUCACAUUGUCACUGCCUGUUUUAGAUCUCACAAACAUGUCAUCAGCUCUGAUGGUUACUAAGGAUGUAGUCUGCUAAUAACCCCCAAUUAAUUUUAUAUUUAAUGUAUCUCAAAUGUUUUAUUCAGUUGUUUCACUUUACAGAAAAAAGAGAGGGGUAUUUUUGUGACCAAAUAAUGUAUAUAUUUUGAAUGUUGUGGGUGAAACAUCUGUUUUUUUCCCCAUUCAUAAAACAUAGAUUUGCCCAAGAUGUGAUUGGGGGAAAACAAAA